AUGGACGGCAUUAAGAAGACGUUUGCGCAAUGCAAGAAGGAGGGCAGGUCUGCCCUCGUCACCUAUGUGACUGCAGGUUUCCCCACGGCAGAGGAGACGCCAGACAUCAUGAUGGCCAUGGAGGCCGGAGGUGCUGAUAUCAUUGAACUCGGCAUGCCCUUCACCGACCCCAUUGCCGACGGCCCAGCAAUUCAGACCGCCAACACUCAAGCCCUCAAGAACGGCGUUACGAUUGGCCAUGUUCUCCAGAUGAUCCGCGACGCGAGGAAGCGGGGUCUGAAGGCACCAGUCCUCCUCAUGGGAUACUACAACCCGCUGCUCAGCUACGGCGAGGAGAAGAUGCUGCAGGAUGCGAAGGAGGCCGGAGCCAACGGCUUCAUCAUGGUCGACCUGCCACCGGAGGAGGCUCUGCGCUUCAGGAACUUCUGCCGCAGCUACGGUCUCUCCUACGUUCCCCUCAUCGCACCCGCUACCUCCGAGCACCGCAUGCGCGUCCUCUGCAAAAUCGCCGAUUCCUUCAUCUACGUCGUAUCGCGCAUGGGCGUCACCGGCGCAAGCGGAACAAUGAAUGCUGCUCUUCCUCAGCUUCUCGAGCGCGUCCACAAAUACUCUGGCAAUGUUCCGGCGGCUGUCGGUUUCGGUGUCAGCACACGCGACCACUACCUGAGCGUAGGCAAGAUAGCUGAGGGUGUCGUUAUCGGUUCCCAGAUUAUCAACACGUUGAUCAAGGCUCCAGCAGGAGAGGGCGCAAAGGCAGUUGAGAAGUACUGCGACGAGAUCUGCGGCAAGAGCACCCGCGAGACAACCCGUGAGGUUGGCAUCGUUGAGACAUUGAACGAGGCCAAGGAGCCCACCGGCGUCCACGUAGACAAGGUCAUCACAGAUGCCGAUACACCAGAUGGCCCCGGUCUUGCCGAUCAACUGGAGAUGCUCAACACUGACGAGACGGAAGGCGCGAAUGGAACCAACCAGCAGAACGGAUUUGACGAGAAGCACAAGUUCCCCGCACGAUUCGGCGAGUUUGGCGGGCAAUAUGUGCCUGAAUCUCUCAUGGAUUGUCUUUCUGAGCUCGAGGAAGGUUUCAACACAGCGAUCGAAGACCCCAAGUUCUGGGAAGAGUACCGAUCUUACUACGACUGGAUGGGCAGACCAGGACAUCUGCAUCUUGCCGAGCGCCUCACCGAGCACGCCGGAGGCGCCAACAUCUGGUUGAAGAGAGAAGAUCUGAACCACACCGGAAGUCACAAGAUCAACAACGCUCUCGGACAGGUACUCAUCGCCAGGAGACUGGGAAAGACUGAGAUUAUUGCCGAAACUGGAGCUGGCCAGCACGGUGUUGCAACAGCCACUGUGUGCGCCAAGUUCAACAUGAAGUGCACCAUCUACAUGGGUGCCGAGGAUGUCAGACGUCAAGCUCUGAACGUCUUCCGCAUCAAGUUGCUCGGUGCGCAGGUCGUUGCUGUCGAGGCUGGUGCGCAGACCCUCCGCGAUGCAGUCAACGAGGCCAUGCGCGCUUGGGUCGUUCACCUCGACACAACACACUACAUCAUCGGAUCCGCCAUCGGUCCUCACCCCUUCCCUACGAUUGUCCGUACUUUCCAGUCAAUCAUCGGAAACGAGACCAAGGAGCAGAUGCAGGCCAAGCGUGGCAAGCUUCCCGAUGCUGUAGUUGCCUGCGUUGGUGGUGGCAGCAAUGCCGCGGGCAUGUUCUACCCCUUCUCGAAAGACAUGUCCGUUAAGCUUCUCGGUAUUGAGGCUGGUGGUGACGGUAUUGACACAGACCGCCACAGUGCAACACUCUCCGCUGGAACCAAGGGCGUGCUUCACGGCGUGCGUACCUAUGUAAUCCAGAACCAGCACGGACAGAUCAGCGAGACUCACUCGGUCUCUGCUGGUCUCGACUACCCCGGUGUUGGCCCAGAGCUUUCCAGCUGGAAGGACAGCGACCGUGCCAAGUUCAUUGCCUGCACCGAUGCCGAGGCCUUCAUCGGCUUCCGUCUGAUGUCCCAGCUCGAGGGUAUCAUCCCGGCGCUGGAGACCUCGCAUGCCGUCUUUGGUGCCAUUGAGCUGGCCAAGACAAUGAACAAGGACCAGGACAUUGUCAUCUGUGUCUCUGGACGUGGUGACAAGGACGUGCAGAGUGUCGCGGAGGAGCUGCCCAAGCUAGGACCCAAGAUUGGCUGGGACCUGAGGUCCUUUGAGCUUCAACCACUCGACCCUACCCCAAAAGAGACACGGCGGGAGACCAAGAGGGAACAAAAGCGACGGGAGAAGCUCGAGCAGCUUCGCGAGGCCGACGAGAUGAAGUUCUCCCACAGCCUGCAGUUCAAUGCAGUGCCGGACUGGAGCAACCACUACAUUGCCUACAGCAACCUCAAGAAGCAAAUAUACAGCCUUGAGACGCAGCUCAACCAGAAGCAGGCGCAUACCGAUGCCGAGUCCUCACCACUCCUCAACGGGGAUGCCGAUGAUCCAGACAAGGUCUUCACGAAUACUCUCGACACGGAACUAGAACGCGUCACGUCCUUCUACAAGCUCAAGGAGAAUGAGAUCUUCGAGGAGAUGGAGGCCCUGCUCAAGGACGAGGAGCUGUUCGAGUACCACCAGGAAGAGUAUAAUGAGGAGAACGAGAAUGCGCCGCCAGGGAAGAAGAUGCGCAGUGGAAGCGUCUUCAAGGCCAUCGGCUUCAACCGACCGCGGGCAAUGAGCGGUGCCAGCGGACGGUCAACAGACCACGGCGCAGAGGCAGAUGGAGACGAGGACGAUUCGGACGAAGACGUCGACGAGACCGCACAGCUGCGUAAGAAGAGCCCAGACGGUCAACGGCGACGCAGACGGACCACCGACGAAGACAUGGCAGCCUCGCACGUGUCCUCAAGACGGAAGACGAGCGUCGCAUUCGAGGACUACAACGACAUGGCUUUCUCAGCGCUGUACGACGAAGGCGUGUCGCUUAAGAAGCGGGCCGUCAGUGUUUACGUUUUGCUGUGCGAGCUGCGAUCUUUCAUCCAGCUAAACAAGACGGGUUUCGAAAAGGUGCUGAAGAAGUACGACAAGAUCAUGGACCGCAAACUCAAAAAGACAUACCUGAACAAAUACGUCUACCCGGCAUAUCCCUUCCAGCAAAGUACCAUGGACACGCUCACGCGGAACCUCGAGCGCAUGGAAGAAGCGUACGCGCAGAUUGGCACCAAGGGCGACAUUGUAGAGGCGAAGCGCGAGCUGAGACUGCAUCUGCGGGAACACGUCGUGUGGGAGAGAAACACAGUCUGGCGAGAGAUGAUUGGAAUCGAACGGAAAGCGCAAGCGGCCAAUAUCGGUAUUAGCCAUACACUGCUCGGACGCGACACGACGGGCGGCAAGAUCAGGCGGCAGGGAGACGAGGUCGAAUCAGACAUGAAGGAGGUGGAUACACCGAUUGGAAGAUAUCGGUGCCCGCAAUGGCUCGUCAGCAGGACCUUUUGGAUUCUGCUUGCUUGCAUAGCGGUCUUCGUCGUGCUGCUUGUGGUGCCCAUCAUGGAGGCGCCUGAGCAGCAAAACUGUCUGGCAAUGGUGAUUUUCGUCAGUUUACUAUGGGCCACCGAGGCUAUACCUCUCUUCGUGACCUCGCUUUUGGUACCUUUCCUCGCUGUAACACUAAAUGUAGUACGAAGCGACGUGGAGCCUCACCGAAGACUGGAAUCCAAGGCAGCGGCGUCCUACGUCUUCUCCGCCAUGUGGACGCCAGUCAUCAUGCUGCUACUCGGUGGUUUCACAAUUGCCGCUGCGCUAUCAAAGUACAACAUCGCCAAGAUGAUGGCUACCUUUGUCCUCAGCAAGGCCGGAACGAAGCCAAGAACCGUCCUUGUAGUCAACAUGUUCGUCGCCAUGUUCGCCAGUAUGUGGAUCAGCAACGUUGCCGCACCAGUGCUCUGCUUCUCCAUCAUCCAGCCCAUCCUCCGCAACCUCCCCGCCGAUUCCGACAUGACCAAAGCACUCCUCAUGGGCAUCGCCCUCUCCUCCAACAUCGGUGGCGCCGCCUCCCCCAUCGCCUCGCCACAGAACCUAAUCGCGCUGCAAAACAUGCACCCAGAACCCUCCUGGGGCGUAUGGUUCUUCGUCGCACUUCCCGUCUGCAUCAUCUCGAUUUUACUAAUCUGGGUCUUCCUCCUCAUCACCUUCCAACCCGGCCGCGGCACCAGCAUCGUGCCCAUCCGUCCCCUCAAGGACAAGUUCACCGGCGUGCAAUGGUUCAUCAGCGUCGUCACCCUCGUUACCAUUGUCCUGUGGUGUGUGAGCCAUCAGCUUGAAUCCAUCUUCGGCGACAUGGGCGUCGUAGCCAUCAUCCCCAUCGUCCUCUUCUUCGGCACCGGUAUCCUGACUAAAGAGGACUUCAACAAUUUCCUCUGGACCAUCAUCAUCCUCGCCGCCGGCGGUUUGUCCCUCGGUAAAGCAGUCAAUUCAUCGGGGCUGCUGCAUACGAUCGCGGAGUCCAUCACCGCCGGCGUCGAGGGCAUGAGUCUCUACGGCGUUCUCGUCGUGUUCUGCGCGUUGAUCGGUGUGGUCGCUACGUUUAUCAGUCAUACCGUUGCGGCGCUUAUUGUGCUCCCGCUUGUCCAGCAGGUCGGGCAGCAGAUGCCGGAGCCGCAUCCUAAUCUGCUGGUUAUGGGCGCGGUGUUGAUGGCUAGUGGGGCGAUGGGGCUGCCGACUAGUGGGUUUCCUAAUAUGAGUAAGUUUUCCUUCCUUGGGUGUGUGAUUAGGAAGUGA